AUGGGCACUCAAGUCUUGGGACCCGACUUCUUCCGUCCGAAUCGAGUGGGACUCGAUUUGUCCAUCCAAGCCACUGGAGGGCUCUCAUGGAUGACGCUAUUAAGCGGCAAUUCCGUGCACUUGUUUUCGGGUCUCUCGCAGAACGUGAGCAUCGACGAAUUGAUAGCCUCGCUGCCUUCCCGCACAGUGGCGGAUAGGCUCGUGGCCUCAUGCCUCGAAUCCUCAGAGCCAUCCUUGAUGAUCAUACAUGUUCCAACUUUCCAAUCUCAGUGUCUUCAAUUUUGGCAAUCACCUGCGACAGUGAGCCCCGCCUGGCUAGCUCUACUGUAUGGGGUGCUAGCCUGCGGGGUGUGGAUCGAGCAUUUUCUGGACCCCAUCAUGGCCUACUCCGAAGUACCGCAGUCUUUCUAUGUCCUUCGAGAGAAUUCCGCUGCCGCCUUGUCGAAAUCAGAUCUCACUGUCCCCGGCAGGUUCAAGGUCGAAGCAGCGUUGAUAUACCUGGGAGUGGAGUACCUGCAAAGCAACGAAUCGAAGACCGGUGUGUCGAUUCUUCUAGGGGUUGUUUCGCGAUUGGCGAUCAUGAUGGGUUAUCAUCAGAGCGCCCAUCUCUGCCACCCCCCUCUACUUGCCUUCGAAGCAGAGAUGCGAUGCAGAGCUUGGCUGUUGCUAUCCGUUAUUGACAACGUCGUUGCUUCGCAAACAGGACUUCCAAGAGUUAUCUACCAAGGCCUCACAAACUCAGCUCGCCCACGCAACUUACUCGACGACGAUUUCAACUCCACUAUGUCAGUCCUGCCCUCAUCCCAAUCCGCAACCGAAACACUUAGCCACGUUGUAUAUAUGCUGGCUAUCGACGAUCUCUACUCAGUAGCCAAUGAGAUCGCAGACCUUGCUGCAAAAGGUCCAAUCUCCCCCGACAGCACUGCUCGCCUAGGUCAGCAACUAGACGCUCUGAAAAACGGCCUCCCGUGUUCUCUGCGUAUGCGUUUUUCAGUCGCUCCCACUAUGGAAUAUGACAAAUUGAUUAUGCAACGCACCCUGGAGAUAGUUUACCAACGCUCGCGCUGCAUCUUGCACCGUCAGUAUCUUAUUUCGUCGGAGUCAAAUCCAAGCUUCGACGCUUUUCGAGGGGCAUGCGUGGAUGCAGCCCGUUGCGUUCUCGAGCAGCAGUGUCUCCUGUUUCAAGAGGCCCUGCACGGUCCCCGUAAUAGAAAGCGUGUGUGGUUUGGUGCCUCCCGCUCGGUGUCUGAUUGCCUCACUGCGGCUAUGGUGAUAUGUCUAGAGGUAAUCAACAGGACAAACGUCUUAUCUCAGCCUUCGUUGACCUGCGACGCAUCCACGGAGCUAAUCCAUAUCCUCCAUCGGACAUACUUAAACCUCAAACAGACUCCCAAGCCACCCGUAGAAAUAACCAAGGCAGCUGAGAUUCUGGCCACAAUGCUCGGUCAGAUGGGUCAUCCCCUGACGUGGAACAGUGAUUCAGACGAAACUCGGCCUGCUGAUGACCCCAGUGACCCUAAGACAUCUGACUCUCAAGGUCAAGAGACCACGCCCCCGAGUGGCCUGUUUUCCUCUCCUUGGCUCGUCUUCGAUGACUUGGUUCAUGGUGAUCCUCCGUUUGAGAUGUUCGACUGGGCUUACUGGGACCGGGAAAUGCGGCAGCUCAAUGGGGCAUUCCAUGAUAUCAUAUAG